UCAGUCACACGCGCGCUCAGCACCAGCUUCCUCCUGCGCCUCCAGUGCGCUGCGCUGCGCCGCUCGCUCCACAUCUGCACAGAGAGACGCGGAGUGAAGAGGAUGAGAGACACAUGAGGGACAUGAGGACAUAUUCUUGGCACACAGUCAUCCAAACCUCGAAGAUCACACGCAGCAGCCGCAGAAAGGAAGAGUCGGAGUGACCGGUUAAACAGAGAGCGGAGGCACCAUGGGCUGUGUGGGCUCAAAGAAGGAGCACGAGAUUCACAGCAAAGACACGGAUAGAGAUGAGCAGCAGAACCGAGCGCAGGCGGCCCACUACGUCAAAGACCCCACCACAGGGAGCUCAGCAAACAGAGCUAACAAAACUCUGUCCAAUUCAUACGGAGAGAGUAUAGCCAUGGCACUGUUCGACUACGAGGCCAUUCACGAUGGAGACCUUGGCUUCAAGAAGGGAGAUAAGCUCAAGAUCUUGGAGGAAAUGGGAGAGUGGUGGAGAGCGAUGUUAGUCAGCACAGGUCAGGAAGGCUACAUCCCCAGUAAUUAUGUAGCCAAAGACACGCUGGAGUUGGAGGAGUGGUUCUUUAAGGGCGUGAGCAGGAAAGAUGCCGAGCGGCAGCUGCUGGCCCCAGGGAACAAAGUAGGAUCCUUCAUGAUCCGAGACAGUGAGACCACCGUGGGCAGCUAUUCUCUGUCCGUGAGGGACCAGGACGCCCAGGCCGGCGGAUCAGUCAAACAUUAUAAGAUCCGAACUCUGGACAACGGAGGAUUCUACAUUUCACCCCGCAUCACCUUCAGCACCCUGCAGGAGCUGGUCAGCCAUUACAAGAAGCAGGGAGAUGGUCUCUGCCAAACCCUGACCAACGCAUGUCUGAGUCCCAAACCUGAGAAACCAUGGGAGAAAGACGCCUGGGAAAUCCCUCGAUCUUCUCUCAAACUGGACAGGAGACUUGGUGCAGGCCAGUUUGGAGAAGUCUGGAUGGCGACGUACAAUAAGCACACCAAAGUUGCAGUGAAGACCAUGAAGCCUGGCAGCAUGUCUGUGGAGGCUUUCAUGGCUGAGGCAAACCUGAUGAAGUCGAUUCAGCACGACAAACUGGUCCGACUGCAUGCUGUGGUCACCAAGGAGGAGCCCAUCUACAUCAUCACUGAGUUCAUGGAGAAGGGUAGUUUAUUAGACUUCUUAAAGAGCGAUGAAGGAAACCGCAUCACUCUCCCCAAGCUCAUCGACUUCUCUGCUCAGACUGCAGAGGGCAUGGCCUACAUCGAGCAGAGGAACUACAUCCACAGAGACCUGAGGGCAGCCAACAUCCUGGUCAGCAAAGCAUUAGUGUGCAAAAUAGCUGACUUUGGCCUCGCUCGGAUCAUCGAAGACAACGAGUACACAGCCAGAGAAGGAGCCAAAUUUCCCAUCAAAUGGACAGCACCAGAGGCCAUCAACUACGGCUCCUUCACCAUCAAAUCUGAUGUCUGGUCCUUUGGCGUCUUAUUGACUGAGAUUAUCAGCUAUGGACGCACACCAUACCCAGGGAUGACCAACCCAGAGGUGAUCCGGUUCCUGGAGAAGGGAAGCCGAAUGCAGCGCUUGGAAAACUGGCCCCGGGAACUCUAUGACAUCAUGCUGGAGUGUUGGAAGAACAAGCCGGAGGACCGUCCCACCUUUGACUACCUGCAGAGCGUCCUGGGAGAUUUCUACACAGCCACAGAGAGCCAGUACCAGCAGCAGCCAUGAGACGCCACGUCUCCUGUGACAGUAUUGUUUUCGUCAUCAUUAGUAGCAAGUGCAAUCUUUUACAUGCAGGAGCUGCAGUCUCUCUUUCUGCUUGUCAAUCAUACACACGUGGUCAUUGUAUCUUAUGGUGGCUAAUUGAAAAAGCUACUCCAAGCCACCAGCGGCUAGGUGAAGUAACCAACCCAAAUACAGUUAAAGCACACAGCAGGAUAGUGUAUAAUUUCCCAUAUUAUAAACCGGGUUCCCACAGGUCCUUGAAAUCCUUGAAAGUUCAUUUGAUAUUUAGGUCAAUGUUUCCCUUGUUUGUUAUGACGCAACUGCUGUUUCGUGGCCUGCAUCGCUCGGUGUACGUAGACGAGGCCGACGCAGAUCAAACGUCGAGUCGUAAUUGGGAUUCCAUGCAGAACAAUGAGUGAGUAACGUUACGCAAGAGAGAGCAAAUGGCAUGAUGUCUGGGAAAUGAAAAUUCCAAGAUCUCUGUCUCACCAAAGAGAAUGACAAAGACUGACUUCGACCAAGAUCCCAAGGACAAUCACUCGUCCAGAUGCUGAGCGUGCUGCAAAUCAAUAAAAGUGGAUGCUCAAGCUGUGUCAGCACAUUCAGUGUUUUGGUCCUGGAAAGUGCUUGAAACAUCCUUGAAUUUUCUACCAAGGUGUGGGAACCCUGUAUAAAUUAUUCUGAUUGACUUUUCAAUCUAAAGAAAACAAUUUUAAACAUUGUGCAAGGUCACUGACCCUAAACUAGGGCUCACCCUAAAGAUGUUUCCAUUGGGCUCUUUAAAUCUAACAUUUUUGUAAUUAAAUAUAGCUUGUAAUUUUACCAAAAGAAUAAGCAAAGAAAGAUGUAUCAUUAUUUGUCAAUAUUGUGAUACCACAGUCCUACCUCAUACUUGGGUAUGGUGUGCAACACAGUCAAUACUGUAAGUGUUGAUGUUCUGUAAAGGUUCGGUCAUCAGUUGAUACGACUUCAUUAGGUGGAGUGGAUGUUUUGUUUUUUGUUUUUUUUGUUUUGUUUUUCAGAAAAGACCUUGAAUCAGUCUUUAUGAAUCCUGUAGAUGGGUGCAUACUGUAUGUGUUACAGCUAUAAUCUUUGGGAUUCUCGCCCCAACUGGUUGAGGCAGAUAAUCCACCAGCACUUGGCUUCUGUCUGUAAUGUAAACAGAUACAAUCAGCAUCCACUCCCGGGUCAGACGCCUCUGUGAUUGAGGUGCUUUUAUUGACUCCAGCUCCAUGUGGGAAUUUUCUUUUCUUUCAUCUUUAAAUGUACUAAGUUUAUUUUGACAGUCGUGAAGUUGUGAAUCCUUUCACACUUUGUGUUUAUCUUUAAUAUUGUACAUUUGUUUUCUUAUUUUAGUAAAAGGAAGGGUCACUGGCUGUGUUUGUUUUGGCUAAGGACCCAGGCAAUCCACUCCUGUGCCAACAGAACCUGCUCCUUUGCUCUGCCGUCGCCCGCCAUACCAUUUCUGUUCAGUCAAUAGCAUUACAACACCUUUGAAGACCUGUCUUCAUAACAUAGAGUUCCAGUAGCUGACAUCAAUCCAGUUACACAACAGAUGGAUACAAGGCGCGCAUUUUUUUAAAUCUAUUGAUCCAUAAGCAAUACCAGGCAAUGUGCCAGGCAACUGUUCACCGCUUGUGUUCAUAAAAAGUGAAGGUGGCAGAUUGUUCCACAAGCAAGUUCCCUUUCACUGGAACACCAAAGGUCCUGAGGGGCGGCGACGCUGGAUCACAGCCAUAAGAUGUGCUCAAAGUGAGCAUAGAUGAUGGAGAGAUGUGAAUCCACAGGCAAAGGACUUCAUAUCGAUACAGAAUCCAAUGUUUCUUAUGAAGUACUGCAGGUAUUGUGUCUGUUCCAGCUGUGUACAUGAAAGGAGUCACGACAAGGCUCAGUUAUAUCAGGUAUACAUCAGAUUCAACGUGCACAGUGAACUCUGCACUGGCGCUGUUCGUGUGUGUAGAGGCUUUUCUUGCCAACAUGGCUGUGUAAACACACAGUCACAUGACAUGACGUCUGGAGCUCUGUAGACUCAGGAGGUCAAAAUACCCAUAAACCUGUUCAACUGUAAAAAAGUACCUAUAGACUGUUAAAUGUACAGAGUUCGGUGGACUUCACAAAGUGCAAGACAAAUUGCUGAUUAUCCUUAUAUCUUUAAUUUAUAUUAUAUUAUAUAGAUUGUUCUUGUUUCAGCAUUACUCCUUGAAUGUGCCUUUCAUAGGGGUUGUUUCUUUCAGACUAAACAUUUACAAAUGAUUCUGUAUACAGAGACUAAUGCACAUAGGGAAAUACAAGGAUUUAGGAUUUGGGAAUUCAGGGGCAUUUCAAGGUACUUUGGGGACCCAAGUAAGGGGGGCCUGGGGGGAGGGCCCUUUACUGAGGUUUAUUAACUUCAUUAUUAUAAUUAUUAAUAUUAUUAUUAUUAUUGUUGUUGUUAUUGUUACUAUUUUACUUCCUGAAGCAUGACAGCACUGAGUGGAUCAUAUGUAUGGAAGUCAACAUGAGACAAUGGCUUUCCUCCAUUAUAAUUGAUUGCACAAUUAAAAUAUUAUCUAAACAUGUUUAUUUCCAAAUGUACAACUAAAAUUGGUGUUACAAAGACAGCAUACGUGUCAUGUUAGCUCAAUUUAAUUGACAUUAACUAAUAAUGCUUGCUGAUUCUCCUCACCCAUCAAAUGUCAUAAUAGAGAGAUUAUGAUGUGACACACAUUUCACAUGUUCUGGUCUUAUUUGUGUAUUUGUGCACUUACCACUGCAAUGAACAUCAUUGUAUGUUGAGCUAAUGAGUGAUUGUUUUGUUGAACUCAUGAAUAAUAACCAUGUUAUUUUGUUUCUACGCUUUUGUUUUCAGCAUAUUGUAAAUAUAAGAGUUAUAAGAGUUAUUGCACAGUCACACACUGCUUAAACGAUAAUGUGUUGAAGAUAUGGAAAAAUAAUGAAUUCAAAGAACUGAGGCGUGACAAUAUUGAAUGAAUGCCCAGUGCAGUACAUAUAUUCAUUAAGGUUACCUAUAUUUUCUUUGUCAGUGUUUAUCUUUGUGCUUGAUUAGACUCUGAUUUACUUUUAGACUUCUUUUCAAAUAAAUGAUUUUAAAACAAA